CUCCAGCUCGCGCUGCGGCGCGAGAACAAAGGCUUUCGUCCUCUCUAGUCCCCCUCCUCCCUCUUACCCAACGGCCGGCUCCUCGAGAACCGCUUUAAAACCGCUAGCGAAACACACCGUUGGGGUCCCCUCUCGAUAGGCGAGAGGGAUCCAGCCUCGAAAAUCAAUUUUAAAAUCGGCGACGGUUGUGACGCAGUUAGGAAGGGGCCACAGCGCGCGUGCGCGAAGGGGAAAGGCUGGCGACUGGGCUCGGCCGGCGGCCAACACCCUUGCGGAGGUGUCACAAGACUCUCUAUACCGCGCAUGCGCGGGGGUGGGGCCGGCUGAGUCUCCUUAGCUGUUGUCCUGAAGGUUGUACGCAUGCGCGGCCAACGCCCAGUAUUGUCUUGCUCUUGUGGCGCAGUUUUUAUUCCGCUCCUAGCUGUGCGCAGGCGCACAAAACACACUGUAUGAGCGCAUGCGCAGUGUUCAUCCUGCCCUUUGGUCACGUGCAAGAAGGUGGUUGCUACCAAGGCGGCUUUGAUUUGUUAGUCUCCACACAUGCGCACAGAUCACCGUACCGCACGAUGGCGGCUUUCAGGGGCUCCAUGUUACUGCGAAGGGUCGCGGGUAGCCUACCUGGACUGGCUCUGCUCCCGAGGCUCUUCUGGGCUCAGGCUGCUCCUGCUGCUUCACUCCUACAGCUCCAGCGCCCGCUGCUCCGGGUGUUUAGCACAGAGAUGGACCCAACCAUGUCAGCAGAGCCAGUCACUUUUGACACUGAAUCGCGCUUUAAGGAGAAACCCUGGGAGUAUCUAGAGACGGAAGAGUACAUCGAGAGAUAUGGCGACAAGCCCAUCUGGUUCGGCUAUCGGCGUAACCACAAGGGACCCAUCCCCCCACAGAAGACUCGCAAGACCUGCAUAAGAGGAAAGAAGAUUGUGGGGAACCCCUGCCCCAUCUGCCGAGACCAAAAACUCCACGUGGACUACAGGAACGUGAAGCUCCUAGAGCAGUUCGUCUGCUCCCACACCGGCGUCACCUUCCAUCCCACACGCACAGGCGUCUGUAUGAAGCAGCAUAAACGCUUGACCCAGGCAAUCGACCAAGCUCGUGACCAUGGGCUCCUGAGCUUCCGCAUCCCCUUGGUGAUGCUGCAGGGCGAGGACUACACCAACCAGCACCAGGCUGUGGCCAAGACGCCCCCCGCCCCCUCCCUGCAGAGCCAGACACCCUGGUACCCCUGGUAUGAGUGGCAGCAGCCGCCCGAAAAGGACAUUGCCAGGAUCCGCAGGAUCUACAAGGACUAUCUGAAGGAGGAGACCGGCCCAGCAUGAGGGCCCUGGGAAGGACUGGAUGGAGUGUCCAGGGGCGUGGGGAAUGGGCAACUUCUGGGGAAGCUCGAGCCUUUGGCCUCACCUGACAAGCUGGCCCUAGUCCCAACCCCUCCAGGGAUAGCGCUGAAGCUGGCCAUCUCUCGGCCAUGACUUGUCCAAGCCUUCAGUGGGGAAUAAACUGGAAGCUUCCGGCA